UAUUUAUAAUUUAAUCCCAAUCGGGGCGCAGCUCGGUGCCAGAUAAAGCGAUAUCAAAAUACAAAUUCCCUGAAUAAAUAUGGCAUUUAAAAGUGAUUUAAAACAAUUAUUAAAGCCCUAUUACUGGCUGAAUAUCAUGCUUAGUUUAUCCUACGUUAUUGCUAAACGGACGUAUUUAACAUGUGAGUUUUUGUUUCCAAAUGCCGACUGUGAAUUAGAUAGCAGGGAAACGGAAAUCCUAUUUUUCCUAAUUAUUGUCGUCAUGCUCAGGACAAGGAAGGCUGGAAGUGUGACAAUGGUCAAUUAUUUAUCUUCAUCCUUUGUUUACACGAAGAUAGCAAACUUAAUUCUGUGGUUCUAUGCAGAUGUGAGGUACGGAAUACCAUAUGGUGCAAUACUCAUAUUAUCUGCUCUUCUUCUCCCUGAGCCCACUUAUUCCGGUCCAGAGCUGGUAACCUACUUCAGAGGAGCCCAAGUAUUUGAAGAUGAACUGAAGCAUCAUAAGAACACCACCUGGAUCGUCUGUUUGUAUGCAGCAUGGCAUCCAGCAUGUGUUAACUUUGCUCCUGUAUUCUCCGAGUUGUCGGCCAGUUAUAGUUUGGAGAACUUCAAAUUUGGAAAAAUUGAUGUCGGCAGAUAUCCAGAAGCAGCAACUAAAUACAGAGUACAAGAUGGGCCGACCAGUCGUCAGCUGCCGACUUUGAUACUCUUCAGUGAGGGUCAGGAGAAGACGAGGAAGCCUCAUGCUGACCAUACUGGAAAGUUGCAGAAAUUUCUCUUUUCCAAAGACAAUAUUAAGGCUGCAUUUAACAUUGAUGGGAUUUAUGAAGAGUGUAAAUCUAAGUUAGCCGCUAAAUCUAAGAAGACUGAAAAAGUCGAAUAAUUGUUUUAUAUUUUAUUAAUUUAUUUCUUUUCACGAUGUUCGAACCCUUAUAACGUUUAUUAUGUUUAAUUAUUGAUAACACAAUAAAAAUAAGAAUUAUUGUUAUUGUAUGUGUCAUAUGUUGUUGUUAAAUAUUGGUUUUGGAGUUGGCGUGACAACGUCUAAUGAUGAACGCCGGCUGUUUAUACGAAAAAGCAUGACAUUGUCCCGUUACGCUCAUUGUACGUCCGAGAAUUAAUUCCUUCUGGAUACAAUCCAUACAAAAUAGUGAUAAUUCAAUUAAAAAAAAUAGUGCGUGGAGUCCCUCCGCGGAAGUGAAACUUAGUAAUGUGGAAAUGAAAAUAGGAAGUAUUCAAUCUCGCUCUGUCUCUUUCUAUUCGACUCAACGCACAAUUUUUUUUUAUCAAUUUAUAUCACUUGAAAUAAAUAAU